AAACCCGACAAGAACCCUGUCGUUGCCGAAAAACAAAUUGCAGCAAUUCAUGUUCUUGCAGAAAAAGAAAUUUAUUAUGCCCAAAAAAAUGCGGGAAAUGCAAAAACUUUUAAUUACAUGG